AUGCAUUUGCUCGAGCCGUCCCAUUCCAACGCCAACGAUUGCGACUUUGGAGCUACGAUUGCGCUUGCGUCCCAAGCCAUUGGCCUGCUCAGCCACAAGUACGACGGUUGCGGACUGCGCAUUCUGGGGACGGUGGACACAAUCCAUUGGUUCAUCCCGUCUGGACUGCCCAUCGACGAGCGCUGGAUCAAUCCAUUGAGCAAGGACCGCCCAGCAGCAGUUGCAGUAUGCGGCCGGCAUUAA